AUGGCUUCACGACCAGAACUGAAGCUCGACGACGAGGGCGGCUUCAUUCGCUUCUUCAAGGCGCUCCCAGAUGUCGGCGAGGACACCAUCCGCGUCUUCGAUCGAGGCGACUGGUACACCGCUCACGGCCAAGAUGCGACCUUCAUCGCCAAAACGGUCUACAAGACGACCUCCGUCGUUCGACAGCUCGGCCGAAACGACCACACCGGACUCCCAUCUGUCACCAUGACCAUGACCGUCUUCCGUCAGUUCCUUCGCGAAGCCCUCCUCAAGCUGGGCAAGAGGAUAGAGAUUUGGCAGAGCGCCUCUGGUCGCAUGAAUUGGAAGUGCGUGAAGCAAGCCUCGCCGGGCAACCUCCAGGAUGUCGAGGAAGAGCUUGGAAGCCAGAUCGACGCAGCUCCCAUGAUCCUGGCCGUCAAAAUCUCUGCCAAGGCUUCCGAGGCACGCAACGUCGGUGUCUGCUUUGCUGACGCCAGCGUCCGAGAGCUCGGUGUCAGCGAGUUUCUCGACAACGACCUCUACUCCAACUUCGAGGCCCUUCUCAUCCAGCUCGGCGUUCGCGAGUGUCUGAUCCAGUUCGACAAGGGGGAGAAGGACAAGGAUCCCGAGUUGGCCAAGUUGAAGAAAAUCAUCGAUAAUUGCGGCGUAGCCAUUGCUGAGCGGCCGUCUGGAGACUUUGGCAUCCGUGAUAUCGAGCAAGAUCUUGCUCGUCUGCUCAAGGACGAGCGGGCCACCACGCUGCUCCCCCAAACUGACCUCAAGCUGGCUAUGGGAUCAGCUGCGUCUUUGAUCAAGUACCUCGGUGUUCUCCAGGACCCUUCCAACUUUGGCCAGUACCAGCUCUAUCAGCAUGACCUCGCGCAAUUCAUGAAGUUGGAUGCCGCUGCUCUCAAGGCCCUCAACCUCAUGCCCGGCGUGCGGGAUGGAUCUAAGACGAUGAGCAUCUUUGGUGUGCUCAACCAUUGCAAGACGCCUGUCGGAAGCCGAUUGCUGGCCCAGUGGCUGAAGCAGCCCUUGAUGAGCAAGCUGGAGAUUGAGAAGCGUCAACAACUGGUGGAAGCCUUCUUCGUUGACACUGAACUCCGUCAAACCCUACAGGAGGAGCACCUCCGCUCCAUUCCUGACCUGUACCGUCUUUCCAAGCGGUUCCAACGCGGCAAGGCAAACCUCGAAGACGUCGUUCGAGCAUACCAGGUGGUUAUUCGCCUUCCUGGCUUCAUUGGCACGUUUGAGGGAGUUAUGGAUGAGGCCUACCGUGAUCCCCUUGACGAAGCUUACACCACCAAGCUUCGUGAUCUCUCUGACAACCUCGGCAAGCUCCAGGAUAUGGUAGAGCAGACAGUUGACCUCGACGCGCUCGACCGUCACGAGUACAUCAUCAAGGCCGACUUCGACAAAAGCCUACGCAUCAUCCGCAAGAAACUCGACCAGCUCGACCAGGACAUCCGCUCCGAGUUCGUGGAUGCGGCCGACGACCUUGGCCAGGAGCCCGACAAGAAGAUCUUCCUCGAGACCAACCACAAAGUCCACGGUGUGUGUAUGCGUCUCACCCGACAAGAGGCCGGUUGCAUCCGCAACAAGUCCGGCUACCAGGAGUGCUCAACGCAAAAGAACGGUGUCUACUUUACCACCAAGAAGAUGCAGGCCUAUCGCCGUGAGCAUGACCAACUGUCCCAGAACUACAAUCGAACACAGAGCAGUCUAGUCCAUGAAGUCGUCCAAGUAGCGUCAUCUUACUGCCCUGUUAUCGAGCGACUCGCAGGUGUGCUUGCUCACCUAGACGUCAUCGUGUCCCUUGCCCACACCUCCGUCCAUGCCCCUGAGCCCUACGUCCGGCCCAAGAUUCACCCUCGCGGUGAGGGUCAGACGGUGCUUCGCGAAGCCCGUCACCCUUGCAUGGAGCUGCAGGAUGAUGUCCAGUUCAUCACCAACGAUAUCGAGCUCACGCGCGACAAGUCAUCAUUUCUUAUCAUUACGGGCCCCAACAUGGGCGGUAAGUCAACAUACAUCCGCCAGACUGGCGCUGUUGCACUAUUGGCCCAGAUUGGAUGCUUCGUGCCCUGCGCCGAGGCGGAACUCACCAUCUUCGAUUCCAUCCUCGCUCGAGUUGGUGCCAGCGACUCGCAACUCAAGGGUGUCUCAACUUUCAUGGCUGAGAUGCUUGAAACCGCCAACAUCCUCAAGUCGGCCACGGCAGAAUCGCUCAUUAUUAUUGACGAACUUGGCCGUGGUACCUCGACCUAUGACGGCUUCGGCUUAGCGUGGGCCAUCUCGGAGCACAUCGUCAAGGAGAUCGGCUGCUUCGCCAUGUUUGCGACACACUUCCACGAGCUGACGGCCCUAGCGGAUCAGUACCCGCAAGUACAGAACCUCCAUGUCACGGCGCACAUCAGCGGUACGGGCGAGGACGCCGAGGCCCAGAAGCGUGAGGUGACGCUGCUGUACAAGGUGGCACCCGGUGUGUGCGACCAGAGUUUCGGCAUCCAUGUCGCCGAGCUGGUGCGCUUCCCGGACAAGGUGGUACGUAUGGCGAAGCGCAAGGCCGACGAGCUUGAAGAUUUUACGACCAAGCACGAGGACCUAGCCCUGAGCUACAGCAAGGAGGACGUCGAGCAGGGCAGCGCCAUGCUCAAGGAGGUGCUCGUCGAGUGGAAGGACAAGGUGCGAAAGGGAGAGAUGAGCCAGGAGGAGCAAGUAGCCGCGCUCAAGGAGCUGGUCGGAGCCAAUGCCGAGUUGUUGGCCAAUCCCUUUUUCCAGUCGGUCAAGGCCUUGUAA